CGUGUUCCCGCGAGAACGCAGCAUAUCGUGAUAGUUUGUUGAUGCUUUCAGACCGCUAGGACCAUGGCUGCUGCCUCGGUGUCCAAGGGCUGUUUCGUGUUUAGGCCAGACUUUAAGAAGAGAAAGAUCUCUGUGCCCUUAGAGGACUAUUUUAAUAAAGGGAAAAAUGAGUCUGAAGACAGUAAGCUUCGAUUUGAAACAUACCAAUUGAUGUGGCAGCAGAUGAAAUCUGAAACUGAGCAACUACAAGAGCAAUUAAAUAAAAAUCUCUUUGACAGUCUAAUUGAAUUUUUGCACAAGUCCCAUUCUUAUUUCAACAAAAGUUCAAGAGAGUGGGGGUAUCAAAUAAAAGCCAGCGAAAUUCCAACGGCUGCUAUUGUUCUAGGGGUGAAUGUAACAGAUCACGAUUUAACAUUCAAAAAUCUUACAGAAGCCCUUCAGAAUAAUGUGACACCAUUUGUAGUCUCAUUGCAAGCUAAAGAUUGUCCAGAUGUAAAGCAUAUUUUUCAAAAGAUGAUUUCCCAAUUGAUGAACUACGGUACAGAUGUAGAAUCCAGAGAGGGAGAAAAUAUUCAGGUCACCCAGAAAAAGACACAUUGUUCAAUGCAUUCUCUUUCUAGUUGGUAUAUGAACAUGACACAGUCAGAACUAAAAAUACCAAGGAAAAAAAGAACUUUGUCUAGCCAAUGGCAUUCUCCUCCAGUUGUGCUUAUCUUAAAGGACAUGGAAAGUUUUGCCACAAAAGUACUCCAAGACUUCAUAAUUAUCAGCAGUCAACAUCUACAUGAAUUUCCACUAGUACUCAUUUUUGGAAUAGCCACAUCUCCUGCUAUCAUCCAUCGGUUGCUUCCACAUGCAGUGUCAUCUCUGUUGUGUAUAGAAUUAUUCCAGUCUUUAUCUUGCAAGGAGCACCUGACAACAGUACUUAAUAAGUUACUUCUUACAACUCAGUUUCCCUUUAAACUAAGUGAAAAAGUAUUACAGAUUCUGACCAACAUUUUUUUGUAUCAUGAUUUUUCAAUUCAAAACUUUAUAAAAGGACUUCAGCUUUCUCUAUUAGAGCAUUUCUAUUCUCAGCCCCUCAGUGUCCUGUGCUGCAAUCUUCCAGAGGCCAAAAGAAGAGUAAAUCUUUUAUCAGAUAAUCAAUGUGAAAACAUUCGGCGUCUUCCAUCAUUUAGAAGGCACGUGGAAAUGCAGACUUCAGAAAAGCAAGUGUCACUAUUGACCAAUGAGAGAUUUUUGAAGGAGGAAACACAGUUAUUAUUAGAAAACCUGCACUUUUAUCAUACAAAUUACUUCCUGGUUUUAAGAUGUCUACAUGAGUUCACCUCCUCUCUUCCCAAAUACCCAUUGGGUCGACAGAUCAGAGAACUGUACUGCAUGUGUUUAGAAAAAAACAUAUGGGAUUCAGAAGAAUAUAGUUCAGCCUUACAGCUGCUAAGGAUGUUGGCAAAGGAUGAACUCAUAACCAUACUUGAGAAAUGUCUUAAUAUUUUUAAAUUGUCUUCUGAAAAACAUCUCAACAGCACAGCAAAGACAAUUGAAGAAUUUCUGGCCCAGUUUCCAAGCCUUCAUGCAGAAGACAAAGAGGAAGAAAAUACUUCUGGGUCACAGUCAGAGGGGCUUCAGAAGACAGACCUCUAUCAUCUUCAGAAGUCCUUAUUGGAAAUGAAAGCAUUAAGAAGAACUAGUAAGAAACAGACAAAGUUUGAAGUACUCAGAGAAAAAGUUGUGAACUUCAUUGACAAUCUAGUGAGAGAACACCUUCUGCCCCCUGAGUCCCAACCUCUGCAUGAGGUAGUUUACUUCAGUACAGCUCAUGUCCUUCGUGAUCACUUGAAUGCUGCUCCAAGACUCGCCCUCCACACUGCACUCAACAACCCUUAUUAUUAUCUCAAGAAUGAAGCACUGAAAAGUGAAGAAGGCUGCAUUCCAAAUGUUGCCCCCGACAUCUGUAUAGCAUAUAAACUGCACCUAGAGUGUAGCAGGCUAAUCAACCUUGUGGACUGGUCAGAGGCUUUUGCAACAGUUGUGACAGCUGCUGAACAAAUGGAUGCCAAUUCUGUAACCUCAGAAGAAAGGAAUGAAAUCAUUCAUGCUCGGUUUAUUAGAGCAGUUUCUGAACUAGAACUUUUAGGAUUUGUAAAACCUACCAAACAGAAGACUGAUCAUGUGGCAAGGUUAACAUGGGGAGGCUGCUAGAAAAUAAAUUACAGGCAUCAGAUCAUCAGCUUUAGCCCAAGAGGAAAGAGGAGACUGGUCAUAUUUACCUAUCAUUAAAAGAAAAGUAUUUUG